AUGAAAUUUGGAGAUCAACUCAACACUAAAAUACAUGAACCAUGGCGUUCAUCUUAUUUGCAAUACAAUCAACUUAAAAUCGAGUUAAAGCGACGCCAACUCGAACGAGGUUGGACCUCACAAGACGAAUCCGAGUUUUCUCAAAAGAUCGAAUCCGAGCUACAAAAAGUCUACCAAUUCGUGAGUCGCGGUCUGACCGAACUCGAGAAACGCACCCACUCCGCCGAACUCUCACUUGCCACCAAGAACUUUGACACCAUUGCGGAUUCGCUUACCGAAAUCUUAUUUGAUGCCAACGAUCUAGCCAAAUUUCAUCAAUUGAAUGUCACGGGCUUUGAUAAAAUCAUCAAGAAGCAUGAUCGUUGGACCUUCCUUGAUUUACGUUCCCACUACCAUCAUCGUCUCUCCCACGCUUGGCCCCUUGAUAAACUCUCGCUUCAGUUUGAUGUCUUAAUCGUCAAGAUCUCGGAGCUUCAUGAUAUCUGUCAUCUCCAUGGAAACCCCAGAUUACAACAACACGCUCAAGGCGCUGACCAAACCGCUUUUGAAAGAGCCACAGGUAAAUACUGGAUUCACCCUGACAACAUCACCGAAGUCAAGUCUAUCAUCUUGUUUCAUUUACCCGUCCAUGUCUUCAACCAAAAGAAAAAGUAUGAAGAAUCCGAUAUGGCUGUCUCCAGUGUUUACUUUGACAACAAUCAAUUCGAUCUCUAUGAUGAACGUCUUAACCGAAAUGACGGUGCUGAAUCUAUCCGAUUACGUUGGUACGGUCCUCUGAAUGCAGACAAUGAUAGUGUAUAUAUUGAACGAAAGACCCAUAAAGCUGCUUGGUUAGAUGGCAAAUCUGUCAAGGAUCGUUUCCGAUUGAAGGAAGCGCAAGUGGACUCCUUCAUCUCGGGUCAGUACACUGCCGACCAAUUUGCCCAAGAUUUACGUGUAGCUGCCAAAGGAAAUCCCAAGAAAGAAGCUGCAGUAGAGGAAAGUCAUUUUGUUGCUUCGGGUAUUCAAGAAUCCGUAAAGACACGUCAUUUGGCUCCUGUCUGUCGCGUCUUCUACAACAGAACCGCCUUUCAACUCCCUGGUGAUCAACGAUUACGUAUCAGUUUGGAUUCAAAUUUGACUUUUAUCCGAGAGGACAAGAACAAGAACAGGUGGCGUAGAAAUGAUGUCGACAUAGAUUAUCCGUUUCGUUCGGUGGCUCAAGAUGAGGUAUCACGUUUUCCGUAUGCUGUGCUCGAGACAAAAUUACAAACUCAUUUAGGUCAAGAGAGUCCGGCUUGGUUAACUCGUCUCAUUGAAUCGCAUUUGGUUCAUGAGGUGCCUAGGUUCUCAAAAUAUUUGCACGGUGCUUCCAUGCUGUUUAAUGACAAGGUGCCUACUCAUCCUUAUUGGUUAGAACAUUUCGACAUGGACAUUAGAAAAGCGCCUUUAACCAAUGUGGGUUUAUCCCGAUCCAUGAGCUUUAAACCUUUGGUCAAUGGACAUCAUCGUGAGUCAUUGCUUCUAUUACACGAGAAUGAAAACGGGUUUGUCAAGAGCAAGAGUCUAGGUGAUUUACUGGAUUUUGGGAAAAAGUCCAAAGUGCCUCAUCUGACCAUUAACCUGAUGGAUAAUAAUGCAAGCGACCCUCCAGCAGCAGCAACAGCAGCAGCCAAGUCAGGGCAAAAGGAUGUGCUUUCACGUAUUUGGAACUAUGGUAUACCAGGCCAAUACUCCACACCAUCGUUUUUCAAUAACAGUAAAAAGCCGGAAGGUGAAGCCGUAUUACCUCGUGCACGUUCAGAUCGGUUUACAAGACCUCAAGUAAAGAAAAUUGAACCCAAAACGUUCUUUGCAAAUGAACGAACCUUUAUUUCUUGGCUUCAAUUCUGUGCUUUAUUACUCACUGUUGCAUUGAAUUUGUUAAAUAAUGGUGAUUAUAUAUCCCGUAUUAUUGGUGCUGUAUUUAUUAUACUUUCAUCUUUACUAGCCAUUUAUGCAUUAGCUAGAUUCCAAAUCCGAUCAUGGCAGUUACGAACAAAUAAGCAAAUCUUUAGAUACGAUGAUGUUUGGGGUCCUACUGUCUUGUGUAUUUUGUUGGUAACAGCCUUAUGUGUGAACUUUUAUCUGCGUGCCGACACUUUAUCAUCUACAUAUCAUGAACCCAACUAAAAAAAAAAAAAUUAUUUAGAAAAAAUAGAGAGG